AUGGCGAAGAUGUCUCUGAAAAAGGACACCACAGAGAUCAAGAAAGUGAAGCGACAACUUAAAAAGAAGAAAAAUCAACCGAUGAAUUCCAAUUUAUUUGUGGAACCGAAAGCAGAGCCGUGUUGCGACCAUCUAGCUGUGCUCAAAUACACUAUUUUCCCCAAACUGGUUGAACGUCAAUUGAUUUUGAAAAGAAUAGCCCAAGAAGAAAAUUCGAUAAACAUUGCCAAUGUGCCUUCAUUAUUAGAUUUGGAUACGAUUUCUGCAAUGGUUGCACAUGUUGCUAAAGCCGAACCAAAGGAAACAGAAAUUUUAAAAACUACCGCAGCCAAUGGUGAUCUCGAGCAGGGCCAUCGAAUUUUGAAGAUGUCAUUUGAAUCGCCAUCUAUUGUAACGGAGCUACUCAAGAAAGUAAAUGAUUUUGGAGUUCUAUGUGCUGCAGAUUUUGGACGACCAAAGCUUCGAGGAGUUUAUUCUGAACUAUGUGAGCAAUAUCGAGAUCUAUUUAAGCCGACCGAAGAAAUGCAAAAAGGAGUCGAAGAAUAUGUCAGCCAGUAUGAUAAACAAAUUGCAGAGGAACGUCGACUUGCUCGCCUUGGGCACACUCAACCUGAUGAAGAAGGAUGGAUCACUGUUACGAAAGCUUCAAGAAAGAAGGCUCGUGCCAUCAAGCUAAAAGCCGGGGAGAACACAAUCAUUGGAAGUCUCAAAAAUCAAAGCAAAAAGAAAGAGCCCGCAGUCCCGUUCUACUCCUUUCAAAUCAAACAAAGCAAAUUGGAAAAAAUGGAAGAACUUCAAGCAAAAUUCGAGGACGAUAAGAAGAGAAUUGCUAAUGCAAAAGCGAAUCGCAAGUUUAAUCCCACA